AUGCUGGCUAAGCAUCAGGUCUUUGUCCUGACCGCUGGCCGCUCGGUACCGGUGGAGCCUGAUCAUCCACCGCCAGGAUGGGAGCCGACGGAGGAUGGCUCUGCGCUCCCCAGCGAGGUGCAGGAUGGCGAUUUGAUCCCGAGCUGGGAUGAUGAUCUGCGAGAGAUGGAGGAUGGCGAUGGGGUGCCCAACGACCAUGAGCUGCAAGAGCCGGUGAAGGAUGGCGAUGGGGUGCCCAACGACCAUGAGCUGCAAAAGCAGGUGAAGGAUGGCGAUGGAUUCCCCAACGACGAAGAGCUGCAAGAGCCGGUGAAGGAUGGCGAUGGAUUCUUCAACGACGAUGAGCUGCAAGAGCCCGUGAAGGCAGCUUUCCUUCGUCCCUAA